AUGGCUCAACAAAGAAGUAAUAGAAAUCAUCUUCUCCACCUCCAAAUAUUUGCCGAAACUAAGAUUCCUCUAUAUCCAGCACUUACUGUUUCCUUCCUCUUCCUUUCUUGCUGGGCUGCACUUCUGCCUGUUCUUUUCCUGAGACUUCCGUUACAUCCGCUGCAGAAAAGGUUCAAUUGUAGAGCAAUGUCAGGAAAAAAAUGGAGUACAGUCGCUGGGUUCUCAGUGCGCAACGAUGGUGAAGAUGAAGUACAGUCGCCUGGGUCUUCUUGGAUUUGGCUGAAUAUCAGAGGCGCGAAGAAGGCUGCUGGUUUAAGAGCCUUAUCAUAUUUUAUUCGAGAUCAUUCUCCUGACGUUGUUUGCGUAGCGGAGCCAAUGAUUAGUGAAAGCAAAUUCCCUUUUUUGUUCUUUAAAAAAUUGGGGUUUGAGUCUGAUUUCAUUCACAAUUUCCGCAUGGACAAGGUCCCUAAUAUAUGGGUAAUAUGGAAACAAGGAAUUCCUCGCCCCUCGAUCAUCGCGGUGUCUGAUCAGCAAUUAUCAUAUACUGUGGAUUGGUUAGGGAACUGUGUAGGCCUAACUUUUGUUCACGCUAAUUGUUUUAUGGUCAAAUGGAGAGAGCUUUGGUCGGAGCUAGGUUUGGUGGUGAAUCCAAAUCUACCCUGGUCGGUGAUAGGUGAUUUCAAUGCUACCCUUCUUUCCAACGAGAAAAGGGGUUCAGGGAGAUUUAAUGCAAAAUCAGCAGCUGAUUUCCAAUCUAUGGUGGAUACUUGUCUUUUGAUACAAGUACCCUCGCAAGGUAAGAUGUUUACCUGGACUAACAAUCGCCGGCGAGGUAAUGUAGCUGCUGUCCUCUACCGAAGUUUCUGCAACAGUAAAUGGUUGGAUAUGUUUAAAAGUACUCUUCAAAGGGUCCUGUUAAGGUCAUCCUCUGAUCAUGCUCCCAUUUUAGUUGUGUCAGAUUCGAUCGCUCGACCAGGUAACAUUCCUUUUAGAUUUAAUAAUUUUUGGAUGGAGCAUGAUCUUUUUGAUAAUGUAAUUCAAGAUGUGUGGAACCAGGAAAUAUCUGGAAAUCCAAUUUUUAUUCUUUCUCAGAAAUUGAAGUGUGUUAAGAUGUUUAUCAAGCCUUGGGGAAGAAAAAAUUUUCCCAAUAUAGAUAACGAAGUCAAAAAAGCUUAUGAUCACCUAAAUUCUGUUCAUCAAGAAAUUGAGGCUGCAGGGAUGUCAGAUGACCUUUUUGGUCGCGAGGCUAAUGCCAAAACAGAGCUGUUGAAAGCUACCCAGCUGCAGGAUAAUCUAUGGGCUCAAAAAGCUAAGUUGAGGUGGAUGAAAGAUGGGGACAAAAAUUCAAAGUUCUUUCAUCUAUCAGUGAAAAUGCGACGGGCUCGAAAUCAAAUUCGUACUUUGCAGAAUGCUGAUGGGGAGUGGAUGAAUGACCAGCAACAAUUAUCUUCAUAUAUUGUCAAUUAUUAUGAGGAAUUCCACAGAUUAUCUAUUACUUCUCCUCACCCUGAGCUGCUGGAUUGUAUUCCAUGCAUUAUUUCGAACGAUGAUGCUCUUUAUUUGGAGGCUGAACCAUCUUUAGAGGAAAUAAAAAAAGCUGUUUGGGAAUUAGACCCAGAUAGUUCCCCUGGACCUGACGGCUUCUCAGGGAAAUUUUUUAGGCGGGUGGUGGGGGCUACUUCUCUCGACAAGUAUAGGCCAAUUUGCAUGGGAAAUUAUUUUUGCAAGGUAUUAUCAAAAAUUGUGGCAAGUAGAGUUGCAAUUUUACUGCCAAAGCUGAUUUCGGAGGAACAAGGGGCGUUUCAGAAGGGGAAGAUAAUAUCAGAAAACAUUAGCCUUGCUUCAGAAUUGGCAAAUCUGAUGCAUUCCACGGUUAGGGGAGGAGGGAUGGGGCUCAAGGUUGAUGUACAGAAAGCCUACGAUUCUCUAUCCUAG